GUUUGGUGGUCCAGAUAAUUUUUCAAUAAGUGAGUGAUGUAAUAAUGUGAACCGUUAUUUUUAUUUUUACAGCAUUGACAUUUCUUUGGAGUCGAACACGUUACCUAGUAGUUUUUGUAGAGUUUUAACUCGCCACUAGACCACCAAAAGUAAAUAUUCGGCAAAGUACACACAACUCUAAAACCCUACAAGAUUCGUUUUGAGAGACCUGAGAGUCGUGCAAUCGAAACGGCGAUGGGAAGAUCAGCUCUGAUUCAUUUGAUUCGCUCUCAAUCUCGCCGUCUCUCUUCUUCCUCCUCCUCCUUCACUUCAGGUUAUCGCCGGUCAAUAGCAGGAACAUGUCCACCAUCAUCACCAUCAGUGAUCCCUAAGGUUAGUUUCCCAGAGACUCCAUCUCUUCACCAGAGAAGCUGGGCAUCAUCUAGAGCAAACACUAGAGAAAACGAUAACGACGAUGACCACAAGAUCAGCAUCGGACCACAAGACAAGAAAGAAGACAACGAUAGAAGCGUAGUUUACUACGGCCCAAUCUCAUCAACCAUAAAGAAAGUGAAACUCCUCUCACUCUCCACUUGCUGCCUCUCCGUCUCCCUCGGCCCAGUCAUCACCUUCAUGACUUCACCGGGACUCAACGUGAUCAUGAAAGGUGCGGUUGCCUCAACCGUGAUCUUCCUCUCCGCUUCCACGACCGCUGCUCUCCACUGGUUCGUUAGCCCUUACGUUCAUAAGCUGAGGUGGCAGCCUGGUUCGGAUACUUUUGAGGUGGAGAUGAUGACUUGGCUUGCUACGUUUACACCGAAGACGCUGAAGUUUUCGGAUAUACGUUAUCCGGAUACGCAGAGGCCGUUUGUGAGUUUUAAGGCGGAUGGGGAGUAUUACUUUGUGGAUGCGGAGCGUUGUCAUAAUAAGGCGUUGUUGGCUAGGCUUACUCCUCCAAAGGAUGCUCAUGACUCUGCUUUCAAGAACCUGUGAUCCAUUUUCCUCUUCUUUAUCAUACUCUCUCUCUAUCUCCUUUUGUGUGGGGUUUUGGUUGGUUUGUAACUCUUUUGGACCCCUUGGACUACCGGAGAAUGCAAAUAAUGAAAGAGUUUAUAAAUGCGAAUGAUUAGUAAGUUCUUUUGUUGU